AUGGCUGACGAAGGAGAAGGAUCAUCGCAAGGCAUAAGGACCGAAGCUAUCCCUGAUGUGGCUCAAAUGUUUCAAGAUAUGGCUAGACAGUUCGUCACAGCCAUAACCGACUACAGAAGCGAGAUACCUCGCGACGGGGAGCAAGGUUGCCCAUUCAAAAGGUUUGAAAGGCUUAACAUUCCGAUGUUUGACGGGAAACAAGGUCCUAUAGAGUCUGAGAAUUGGCUAGUAGACGUUGAAGAAAUAUUACAGCUGGCAGGAUGUACAGAGGAGCAGAAGGUACAAUAUACCACUUACAGACUGUCUGGUGAAGCCAAACGAUGGUGGAAUGCUAAGAAAGUUCUACUAGUCCAAGAAUUAGGAAAUGAAAGGGCGAUCUCCUGGGAGCGUUUUCAAAAGGAGUUCCUUCAGCAUUAUUUUCCUAAAAUCCUCAGAGACGCUAGAGCACGGGAAUUUAUGGACCUCACCCAAGGGAAUAUGACGGUUGCCCAGUAUGCUGCUCGAUUUAAUGAAUUAGCUCGAUUCGCGCCAUACUUAGUAGCAGAUGAAGAAAACCGAGUGAGGAAGUUCGAACAAGGCCUCAAUCAACGAAUCCUUGAUCGGGUCAUAUGUUUUGAAAUCAGAGAUUUUGUGGAGUUAGUCAACAAAGCAUCCUUGGCCGAAGACAGCAUUAAGAAGAAUGCUCUAGCAAUGGCAGACUCAAGAAAAAGGAUUGCACCUCCUGUGAGGAAUAAUCAACCAUCGUGGAAACGAAGACAAAAUGGGAAUAACCAUAGAGCUAAAUUCGAAGAAGGCAGAUCAGCCCCAUUCAAUAGUAUGCUCUGUCCUAAAUGUAAUCGUCCUCACCAAGGACAAUGUCGUAUGGGGACUAAUGUUUGUUUUCGAUGUGGUCAAACCGGACAUUUUGUACGAGACUGCCCCAAGGCAAAGGAGGGAGACAAACCUCAGCAAAAGGGAAGCGGACAGAAACAAUUUACCCAGGCUAGGGUAUAUGCUCUCACUCCUGGCGAUGCAGAAACUGAAAAUGAAGUGGUGACAGAUUUAGUCUAA